GCCGGAACCAAAACGUCCGGAGGCAGCAGACAGCUUACGACCCAGAUGUGCUGUGUUUUCCAGCAUAUUUUUCUUUUCAUCUUUCACCAUUUUCGCUAUGGUUAACUUGGAAGUAAUAAAUGAUCUGUGGAUGCAGAUUGAUAAGUUACAUUUAAGCUGUCUUCAAACUGAAGAAAGUCCACAGAGGAUAGAGCAAAAGAGAAAACUUAAAGGUUUUAUGAAGGAAUACUUAUGCCUGGUCACCUCCAAUCAAAGAUUUUACUCCACCACCACCAAAGCAGUACUUUACACCUCUAUACUUAGGAGGAGUGAGCACUUCAGUCCAAACAGGUUUAGGCAUGCAUGGGAAAUGCUUGCAACAUAUGCAGCAAAUUUACUUGGUCAACCAUGGAGGAAAGAAUUCAAUGAAAUCAGGUUAUAUAGUGGAGCCUUCAAAUAUCAAAUUGAGCAACAGCUGAUUGGAGCAGAAGAAAUUUUGAUGGAAAUGGGUUAUACUCUAGAUUUAGAGUAUAACCGUCUAAUAAUUCAAGGGGUCUUGGAUUAUGAUAGAGUCAUUAUCAGUCACAGGGACUGCCUUCUUGCAGAAGUAGAAUCCCAGAUUUUAUGUGAGAUCCAUGCUGCACUGAGUGUUAGCACAAGACCCUGCUCAUGGAUAUCCAUAUUUGAUUUCCGCGACAGUUACGUUGGAUCAGUAAACCACUGUGUAAGGGGUCUGAUGUAUCAAAGUGCACAGAAAGAAAGUCACUACAAUUUCAAUCCACCAGCACCUGCUCCUUCUUACUUGGGACCUCAAGAAAUGUAUCCAAGUGCCUUCCCCUAUCACAUGAUGUACCAGCAAUACGCAAAACCAGCGUUCAACUAUUCUCUCUCAGCGGAACAAAAAGAGCUAUAUCUACCCAAGACUCUACCCCAAUCAAACUCAACAAACAAUACAGCUAGGUCGCUGGAACCAAGGAGUCUGGAGGGACAAAAAAUGCAUGAAACCUUCGAAGUCUGGAAUAACUCUUUUGCACGUGAGAUGAAGAGUAUACCGAAAUUCGAUAGCUUGUUGGAUAUUGAUCGCUUGGAACAGCUUUGCUAUGAUGAAGUCGAUAACAUUAACCCAAGCAGCACUACUAUCGAGAGGCCAAAAGAGGACAGAAGAUACAAACAAAAAGAAGAGAAAAAUUCCCCUUCGGCCAUUAGAGAGUUGUCUGAAGGAAACAUCAAUCGGACCCCGGAAAAAGUUGUUGUUGGAUCUUCGAAAAUAACCAACAGGCAAAAUUCUGGCUCGUCACCGAUUGGAGCUAAGCCCAAAGAAGCCACACCGUUUAGUGGAAGACCCAUUAACCAAAAUUUGAAUUCGGCCAAGUUAACUGGGUGGGAAUGUCUGUUCUGUACUUUCCUAAAUCCUGAUGACAGAGAAAUCUGCGACAUGUGUUCCAAAUCUAGGCACAAGGGAUCGGAAAGUCAGCCUCUGUUCCGCGGCGGGCGUGAAUGCUCCAACUGCACGUUAGUGAACAUACCUGAGGCUGAGAAAUGCGCUGCCUGUUCUACCUCCCUCACGAACGCCCCUACCUAUAUCUAAGAUUCUUCACAUAACCACCAUUAUUACUAAAAUCAUUUAUUAGUGUUGUGACUUCCCUUAUAAUUUUUUUUCUGCUUUUUUUUUCUUUUUAGAGAUUUCGAAAUUGUAUUUAUUGAAUGAACAGACAGUGUUGGAAAUGAAUUGUAAUCCUAUGUUAACUUCUUUCCUCUGUUGGCUGAUUACUCAGGAAAGCCAAGUGUCCUUUGUUACAUCUGUUCGAAUAAACAUUAAAUCAUGAAAG